CCGGCCGCGGCGAGCGUGCGCGCGUUGCCCGCUGCCUCAGGCGUCCCUCGGUUCUCUCGCUCCUUUCGGCUCCUCCAGUCUCAUCCCUCAAGAUGAAGGCGCUGAGCCCGGUGCGCGGCUGCUACGAGGCGGUGUGCUGCCUGUCUGAACGCAGCCUGGCCAUCGCGCGGGGCCGCGGCAAGGGUCCGGCAGCCGAGGAGCCGCUGAGCCUGCUGGACGACAUGAAUCACUGCUACUCGCGCCUGCGAGAACUGGUACCCGGAGUCCCGCGAGGCACUCAGCUUAGCCAGGUGGAAAUCCUGCAGCGCGUCAUCGACUAUAUCCUCGACCUGCAGGUGGUUCUGGCCGAGCCUGCCCCUGGACCCCCAGACGGCCCGCAUCUCCCCAUCCAGACAGCCGAGCUCGCUCCGGAACUUGUGAUUUCCAACGACAAGAGGAGCUUCUGCCACUGACCUGGCAGCCCUGGCGCCUCCAGAACGCAGGUGCUGGCGCCCGUUCCGCCUGGGACCCCAGGACCCUCCACGGCCGGAAGCCCGAGGGCAUGGAUGGGCCCCAACCUCGCCCUGCCCACUUGACUUCCCCGAACCCCUGCCUCGAGGCUGGACCUGGCGCCCGGGAGCGAAGGACUGUGAACUUGGGUGGCCUCGAGAGCCAGAGCUAGCUCUGGGCACCAGCUGGGCAACGUCCCCCAGCCCCCACCCCACCCCACCCUCAAGUUUUAAAGACUGUCUUUCAGAGUGUGGAGGUUGGUGGGGGGUGGGGAUGGGAAGUGGCUGCUCUCCAGUGUCUGCCAAGGCAGGAGUAGAGCUGGUCUUCUGGUCUCCUUGGAGAAAGGCUCUGCUGCCCUGAUUAUGAACUCUAUAAUAGAGUAUAUAGCUUUUGUACCUUUUUUGCAGGAAGGUGACUUUCUGUAAUCAUGCAAUGUAUAUUAUUAAACUUUUUAUAAAAGUUAACAUUUUGCAUAAUAAACGGUUUUUAAACACUUGA